UCCGGCGCCGCGGCGCGUCGCAGCCCGGCGCUCCGGCCCGGCGCUGGCCCCCUCGUCCCGCCUGUGCACAGCUGCGCGGCGGGUUCGAGAAGCGACGAUGCCAUUUUUCCACUGACUCACUCGCAGCCUUCCCUUUCUCGUUAAGGGCGCAACCGCGGCCGGGCGCCCAGCAGAUGCGGGGUGCCUGCUCCCCGCCCCAUCCAGCACGGCCCAGGGCAAUCUCCUCCCUCUGCCAAAAAGCUGGCUGCCGAGGACGCUCUGCAAGCUGCAAAAGGAAGCUGUCAGCCCCUGCCGCUGUUUUUACCAGCUUUCGCUUUGCCCAGCAGCCGGGUCUUGGGCGGAUCCUCGCGUCUGGGCUGCCUGUUUGCUCCAGGGAAACCCACCGCACCAGGAGCCCCCUCGGAAACCACAUGAGAUGCUGGGAAGGCUCCAAAACUGGUUUAAAGCAACCUCUUGUGCUUAGCAGAUGGCAACGCUCAUGGUAAUUGCCUGUGUGGUAGGUGACUAAAGACAAAGAGAAGGAAAGAAGAGCGGGCAGAUGACAGGGGCAGAAACAACUUCAGCUGUCCUAUUAGUAACCUUUGCUGCAGAUACUCUUCUCAAGAGUUCAGUGGGAAACUGAAAAGACUGAGCUUUUCCGUGUUGCUUAGGCCAAAUCCCGUUUUGGUCUCUUUUUAAACAUCCCAGGCACUGGCAAUCAACACUGUUCAUCCUCCAAAGGAGCACCUGGGACGCAAGGCAGGAGGUGGCAGAGGAGGUGUUGCACUCUGAGAGCAGCUCCUUGGACAUUAGCAGACCCGAGGAUAUUUCAUCCCCCGGCAGUUACCCUAGGCGCUACAAGGUGGGCCAGCACAGCCUCUGACCACAGUAUACGCCUCCUCUUCCCCCCACCCAAGGGACAAGAUGGCUGCCCUCAUUGCUGAAAACUUCCGCUUCCUUUCCCUAUUCUUCAAGAGCAAAGACGUAAUGAUUUUUAACGGCCUGGUGGCCCUGGGCACAGUGGGCAGUGAGGAGCUUUUUUCCGUUGUGGCCUUCCACUGCCCCUGCUCCCCAGCCCGCAAUUACAUCUACGGCCUGGCCGCCAUCGGUGUCCCAGCCCUGGCGCUCUUCCUCAUCGGCGUCAUCUGGAACAACCACACCUGGAACCUGGUGGCCGAGUGCCACAAGCGGGGCACCAAGAACUUCUCCACCGCAGCCACCUUCCUCCUCUUUGGCUCCAUCAUGGGCCGGGCUGCUGUGGCACCCGUCACCUGGUCAGUCAUCUCGCUGCUCCGUGGGGAGGCCUACAUCUGCGCCCUCAGCGAGUUCGUCAAGCCCGCCUCCCUGGAUAAGUUUCCAGCUGAGUAUGGGGCUGAGGCCCUGGCCAGGUUCCCCUGCAAAGAUGUCCCAGCAAACCUGACCAAGUUUAGAGAUGAAGUGACCAGGAGGCUGAGAUACGAGUCCCAGCUCUUCGGCUGGCUGCUCAUUGGGAUAGUCGCAGUCCUGGUUUUCCUCACCAAGUGCUUGAAGCAUUGCUGCUCCCCGCUGAGCUACCGUCAGGAGGCCUACUGGGACCAAUACCGCUCCAAUGAGGACAAGCUCUUCCGCCGCACUGCCGAGGUCCACUCCAGGGUCCUGGCAGCCAAGAAUGUGAAGCACUUCUUCGGCUUUGUAGCACUAGACAAGGAGGAGAAGGAGCUGGUGCAGGAGUUCCCCGUGGAGGGCGUCCAGCCGAGCCCCCAGUGGAACGCCAUUACCGGAGUCUACAUCUACAGGGAAAACAAGGGCUUCCCUCUCUAUAGCCGGCUCCAUAAAUGGGCCAAAGGGGUGGAAGGCAACGGGCCAAGCCCUGAAGGCCAUGAAAUGCUCUUUUUGGCUUCCUAAGACAGGCAGGUGCUGAGACCAGUUCCCUAGACCACCUGACUGGCCUAUGAGUAUCGGUGUGUGGCUAUUUCAUUAAGAACAUUCCUCCCAGCUGGAUUAUUUCCCUCUGCGGGUGAAAAGGAAUCAACAGCUGCAAAGUGGAGACUGAUAAGCAAUUCAUUAAGCUGGGGAACCCCUCUUGCAAGACAACCAUCUUGCUGCUUCUCUCAGAGAGAUGACAAGCAAAGAGCAGACGUGUACCCUACUGUCUACUGCACCAUCAGAAACCUUGGGGGAGUGAAAGGUGGGCACGACUCAUUCUUAACUAUGACUGCUGCAAGUCUCACUUGCCUCCUCCAAAGCAGAGUUAGCACCAGCUCAUCCCACACUCCUUCUUGUUUUACUACACUAGUAACUUCUUACGCAGUUUUGCAGUGCCUGUUACACAGAGCACUUCACAGACUGCACAGUGCAGGGAGAGAUGGAGGCAGUGGAUAAAUUCCAGUGGCAACUGGGAUGCAAUUGCAUCUGUGAAGGAAUGGGUCACUAACACACCAGCACACGGAAUAUCUGAGAGACUAAGGCAGGAGGAACCACUGAAAUUCCCGGUAUUUAGAGAGACGCUCUGUAAUUACCAAGUUGGAAUUUGGGUAGGACACCAAACUCCCUUUGUUCUUACUGGAAGUGCCUCAGAAUUUUAAAUGAGCCCAAAUGGUCACAACGAUGAGUUUAUAAACCUGGAAGACAGCACCAUCAGCAGAAUAGCUCUCAGCUGAGCUAGCUAGUGGAGGCUCAGAGGGAACAGUACUUGGCAUGAACCACACUGUUGUCUGCAGCUCACUGAAUUUCUUAUCCGACCAUUGAUGAGGUCCCAAUUGGGUUGUGAGCUGCAGCAAGAGCCCAACCCGAUUCAGUUAUAUACAUAUAACUAUACCACAUAAGCAUGGUUAAUUGGCCAAAAGACUGAACAUCUUUCUUCCAAGGAACGAGAUCAAACUUGGUAGCCAAAAGAUCACAUUACAUGCACCCCUCUGCUACAGAGAUUGCAACCCUGCAGUGACAAGGAUCAGUGGGCAUGGGAUGAGGGAGGAGCAGCUCUCUCCCCAGCCCUCCACCAUUAAACUUUCUUAUACUCUUACCAUUGCCUUACACGGUCCCUGCAGCAGACAGACUGUUUUAGGGACUCAACUGCACUCUGAAAGUGAUGCCAGAUAGGUGUAAAAUGACUGCUCUCACUGUGAUGACUGCGGCUUCAAGGCUGUUCCUGUGGCACUGGAUCAGCCCAGUAUUACUGAAAUCCUUUUAAGAGUUGACAGAAAAAUGGAGUUUGGUUUUCCUAUUUGUACUGUUUCUUUAUAGUUACAGCUUCCUUUAGUUUUAUACUGUGCUUUUUUUACUGAGAAGCCUUAAAUUGUUCAAAAAGCAUGACUCAACCUCACUGAUUUCAGACGGGCUUAAACACAAAGAGAUUUGACAUAAAUUAUUAAAUGAGAAUCCUUUUUCA